GAUCAACUGAAGGACAGAGAGAGAGUAGGUGCCAGGGAGGUGACCAGCCUGGUCACUCUCCCCAGUGGGCUGGUGAGUGGUCCCUGGUACCAACUGGGACAUCUCAACUCAGCCUAAGAUAAAAGAGGUGUAGGGAUAUACAUAUAUAUUACUCUUUCCCAGCUUUUUAAACUAAUACCAAACUUAGAGCCACAACUCAGGGCCUCCAAUUUACUAAAGUUAGUGGCUAUUUUACAGUCUCCAUGGAUCACCGUUGCCGUUCACGUGGCAGGAGCCACAGUCGAGUCUCUGGAUCUCAUAUCCGAACUCCCAGAGUCCCACUUCCGUUCCAUGUUGAGCAGGAGGCUAGGGAAGGAGAAGAAUGGGAACGAGAGCUACCUCGUCAGAGGCCUAUCAUCUACGGACCUCCAGAAAGCGAAGAGUUACAGGAAACUGUAAUGAUCUCCAAGCCAGCACCUUAUUGGGAAGGAACCGCUGUGAUAAACGGAGAAUUCAAGGAGCUCAAACUGACUGACUAUCGUGGGAAAUACUUGGUUUUUUUCUUCUACCCACUGGAUUUCACCUUUGUGUGUCCAACUGAAAUCAUCGCUUUUGGGGAUCGAAUUGAAGAAUUCAAAUCUAUAAAUACUGAAGUGGUAGCAUGCUCUGUUGACUCUCAGUUUACCCACUUGGCCUGGAUUAAUACCCCUCGAAGACAAGGAGGACUGGGGCCAAUAAGAAUUCCACUUCUUUCAGACCUGAAUCAUCAGAUCUCAAAGGACUACGGUGUAUACCUUGAAGACUCAGGACAUACUCUUAGAGGCCUCUUUAUUAUCGAUGACAAAGGGGUCCUGAGGCAGAUUACUCUGAAUGACCUUCCUGUCGGGAGAUCAGUGGACGAGACACUGCGUUUGGUUCAAGCCUUCCAGUACACUGACAAGCAUGGAGAAGUCUGCCCUGCUGGCUGGAAACCUGGUAGUGAAACAAUAAUCCCAGAUCCAGCUGGAAAACUGAAGUAUUUCGACAAGCUGAACUGAAAAGUACUUCAGUUAUGAUGUUUGGACCUUCUCAAUAAAGGUCACUGUGUCGUUACCAUA